ACACACACACACACACUCGCCGCCACCCCCCGCGCCUCCCUCCCUCCGCGCCUCUUUGCAAUCGCAAGAAGCGCACUCACACCCUCGCUCUCGCUCACACGCGCGCACUCACACACACACUCGCACACGGUGGAAGGAGGCGAAUAAUAACUCAGCCAUAUUUCAGCCGCCGCCGCCUGGAGCUGCGGGCACGGUCGGGGGACGCGGCGAGCAGCCUCGGCGGCCGCACCUCCGCAGAGCGCCGCUGCCGCGACCAUGUGUGCCGUGCAGGUGAAGCUGGAGCUGGGGCACCGCGCCCAGGUGAGGAAAAAACCCACCGUGGAGGGCUUCACCCACGACUGGAUGGUGUUCGUGCGCGGCCCGGAGCACAGUAACAUACAGCACUUUGUGGAGAAAGUCGUCUUCCACUUGCACGAAAGCUUUCCUAGGCCAAAAAGAGUGUGCAAAGAUCCACCUUACAAAGUAGAAGAAUCUGGGUAUGCUGGUUUCAUUUUGCCAAUUGAGGUUUAUUUUAAAAACAAGGAAGAACCUAAGAAAGUCCGCUUUGAUUAUGACUUAUUCUUGCAUCUUGAAGGCCAUCCACCAGUGAAUCACCUCCGCUGUGAAAAGCUAACUUUCAACAACCCCACAGAGGAUUUUAGAAGAAAGUUGCUGAAGGCAGGAGGGGACCCUAAUAGGAGUAUUCAUACCAGCAGCAGCAGCAGCAGCAGCAGUAGCAGCAGCAGCAGUAGUAGCAGCAGCAGCAGUAGCAGCAGCAGCAGCAGCAGCAGUAGCAGCAGCAGCAGCAGCAGCAGUAGCAGCAGCAGUAGCAGCAGCAGCAGCAGCAGUACCAGUUUUUCAAAGCCUCACAAAUUAAUGAAGGAGCACAAGGAAAAACCUUCUAAAGACUCCAGAGAACAUAAAAGUGCCUUCAAAGAACCUUCCAGGGAUCACAACAAAUCUUCCAAAGAAUCCUCUAAGAAACCCAAAGAAAAUAAACCACUGAAAGAAGAGAAAAUAGUUCCUAAGAUGGCCUUCAAGGAACCUAAACCCAUGUCAAAAGAACCAAAACCAGACAGUAACUUACUCACCAUCACCAGUGGACAGCAAGACAAGAAGGCUCCUAGUAAAAGGCCUCCCAUUUCAGAUGCAGAAGAACUCUCAGCCAAAAAAAGGAAAAAGAGUAGCUCAGAGGCUUUAUUUAAAAGUUUUUCUAGCGCACCACCACUGAUACUCACUUGUUCUGCUGACAAAAAACAGAUAAAAGAUAAAUCUCAUGUCAAGAUGGGAAAGGUCAAAAUUGAAAGUGAGACAUCAGAAAAGAAGAAAUCAACUUUACCACCAUUUGAUGACAUUGUGGAUCCCAAUGAUUCAGACGUGGAGGAGAAUAUGUCCUCUAAAUCUGAUUCCGAACAACCCAGUCCUGCCAGUUCCAGCUCCAGCUCGAGCUCUAGCUUCACUCCAUCCCAGACCAGGCAACAAGGUCCUUUAAGGUCUAUAAUGAAAGAUUUGCAUUCUGAUGACAAUGAGGAAGAAUCAGAUGAGGCAGAGGAUAAUGACAAUGACUCAGAAAUGGAGAGACCUGUAAAUAGAGGAGGCAGCCGAAGUCGCAGAGUUAGCUUGAGUGAUGGCAGCGAUAGUGAAAGCAGUUCUGCUUCUUCACCCCUACAUCACGAACCUCCACCACCCUUAUUAAAAACCAACAACAACCAGAUUCUUGAAGUGAAAAGUCCAAUAAAGCAAAGCAAAUCAGAUAAGCAAAUAAAGAAUGGUGAAUGUGAUAAGGCAUACCUAGAUGAACUGGUAGAGCUUCACAGAAGGCUGAUGACAUUAAGGGAAAGACACAUUCUGCAGCAGAUUGUGAACCUCAUAGAAGAAACUGGACACUUUCAUAUCACAAACACAACAUUUGAUUUUGAUCUUUGCUCGCUGGACAAAACCACAGUCCGUAAACUACAGAGUUACCUGGAAACAUCUGGAACAUCCUGAGGAUACAAGAACUGGACGCAUCAAAAACUCUUGUUUUUUUUUUUGGUUUUUUUUUUUUUUUGGUUGUGAUUUUUUUGUUGUUGUUGUUGUUUAUAUGAAAACACUCAGAAUGAUGCAACCAAAAGGGAAAAAAUAAAAAUCAAACAACCUUCAGCUUUAUUUUUCUUUAAAAGCCAGUCAUCAUCUCUUGAUAAAGGAGAGGUUAAGCAAACCAGCCUCAGCGGACCACUCUUCUCUCCAAGGAAAUCCCCGGGGAAGAGUUAGCCUGGAUAGCCUUGAAAACAAACAAAUCAAACACAACACAAGAAAACUUAAAGAAUGUGUAUGGUAUCAUGUAUCUCUCUCUGUGGUGGUUCAUUCCACAGGAUGAAUGCAUAUUCAACACACUGCCUUAUUACAUAACUGAUCUAUUUAUUAUCGCAUACAGAUACUCUAAAGUUGUUGAGGGAAUGACACCACCAGACAUUAAAAGUACUUGGUCCCGUGGAUGCUCUUUCAAUGCAGCACCCUUGCCAUCCCAAGCCCAGUGACCUUACUCGUGUACUGUGCCACUUUCCACCAACUUCUUCCAAGUCUUUAAUUUGUUGCAGCCUCUAAUUUCCACCUUUUGUUUCCAGUUCCAGGACACAAAUUAUCAAUUGGGAGUGGGGGUAGGGCGAUGGGGGAGGGACCAAAUAGCCACCUUGGUUUUCUUCUUUGUGGUCUUUUUCCUGAAAGUUGGGACCGAGUCCUUGGCUGUGUUCAUGUAAUGAUUCCGGACCAUGGUAGAAAAUGCACCAAAUAGGAUCAUAUGAAUUGCUGUCUAGCCUUAGUCAAUAAGCCUGUAGGACUUUUAAAUGAAAAUGUACCUGUAAACAUCCUGAAUCCAGCAUUUUUGAGCUGUCAUCAACAUUCUUGUGUCUGUUUUCCUAUAAUAAGAUUAGAUAAAUGUGGAAGUAAAGGCAUUCUGCAGGAUCAUCAUUUUUAAAAAGAAAAGAAUUCUGGUUCUGUUUCUAAACAAAUGUUGUAGAAAUUCUUGAUUUGGAUCUAUUUAUUAGUAAGAGAUUCAACUUUCUUUAGCUGCCAGUGUGUUACUCAUCUUUGCCAUAAAACUUGGAAUAAGAGAUUUUUGUUUGUUCAUAUAUGAUUCUCUUAGACUCUUUUAUAUUUGAAAAAUUGAAAUCUUUCUUUGGGGGGGAAAUCUUGGUUAUUCUACCAUAACAGAUUAUGUAUUAACUUGUAGAUUCAUGGUUCAAUAUCUGUUUAGUUAUUCACUAAUGUUCCAGAAGAAUCCCCUGUGUGGUGAAAGUAAAGAUGGUUGGGGAGGGGGAGUAUUUUUUGCUCUUGUUGUACCCUUGUUUUGAAACUAGAAAUCUGUCCUGUGGCAUGCAAAAGAAAGCAAAUUAUUUUUAAAAGAAAAAAAAAGCCAAAGUGCUUUUGGUGUCAUUAUUCUGUCAUCUCCGUAAAUGGAGAAAUGAAAAGGGAGAACAGCUUCCAACUUUUUACUCGAAACUCAGCUGAAAAGAAAAGAAAUGAAGAAAUAUUUUUGGAUCCAAAAGUUCAUCACUGGCUCAGCCUUAAGAAAGUCUCUAUGUGUGUUCAUAGCCCAAUGUCUCCCUUGCUUGUUCUCAUGCCAUAUGCUGUCUUGUCAUACAGAGAUUAACUAGUGUCUGUACAGAAAAUGGGCUUUCUGGACCCAUUCUUUUGGGCAGUAAUGUAAAUGCAGAUUGAUAAUGGAGUUAUUUCUGCAUUUUAAAUAGGGGAUUUUUCUAACAUUGUUUCUGUCUAUCCAAAGAAACUAUUUUUUUCCUUUAAAACAAUUCUAAUAACAGCCAUUCUUGUAAAUUGGUUUUCUGAAGCGUCCUCUCAGAGGACAAGUGUACUGUUUCAAGAAUGUUAGGAUUCUUAAUGAUGAUUGACAUGAACUGUACUUGAAGCAUUUGUUGUGUCAUCCACUUCUCAAUGUAUAAUCACAGAGAUACUUUCUGAGUCAUUUUGGACUUUAGUUAACUAUCCAAGUGACUGAUGAAUUGUAUGGUUUGGUUGUAUUUUGUUUUUAACUUUAGGGGAAAAGGGAGGGCAAUACUUAUAUGGAAAUAUUUGCAAAAUUCAAAAAUCUUUUUAAAUUUUUACUGCUUACCCACAUAUUUUAAUUAAACCAGAAAUUUAUGUGGUUUAACUAAUGUAUCUGUGUAGUUUAAACUAAGAACUUACACAUGUAGUUUGAGUCAUUUUUAUUUUUAUAACAAUUUUUUGGCAAAAAUUAUAAUUUUUUCAUCAGUUACUAACAAAGAACUAAGGUCAGAAAAGAAAUGACCAAAAGUUGGGGGGUGGGAGAAAAUAUUAAUGGCAGCUAUUUUAGUGAAAAACUUUAGGUCUGAAAACUAAGUAGGAAAGCAGAUAUCUUCAGAAAAUCAUAAAAUGUUAGUUUGUAAAUUGAUAACAAAAUUCAGAAGAAUUUUCCAAUUUACUACUCAUUGAGACAAUGAAUUUUCACAAAAUUCUGAUCAAGUAACAAUCAUGUCAUUGAUUUUUUUUCUUAAGUGGUACUCUUACUCUCAUCAUCUAAUUUUUUUUUUAAAUACAGAAAUAGUAAAUCCCCUUUCAAUUGAUCUCAACGAUUUGUAAUACCUCUCUUAAAGUAACACGCUCAACUAUGCCACAUCUAUGUACACUAAAGAAUACCUUGACACACACAUAACCUAACAGUGGCUUUGAUUUUUUUAAGCACAAGGGGAAAGUGGCAGGGCUUAAUUUCCUUUGUGUAUGUGUGUGUGUGUGUGUGUGUGUAUAAAUAGAUGUUUCAAAUAAAAUUGGGUGAAUGUGAAUAUUAUUUGAACCGGAGUAUGAUAAACUUUCUUAAAUUUUUCCCCAGUUAUUUGGGGGCGGAGGGGAUUGUAUGUACAGAACUUCUUUCCCUCCUUGUAAAUUAGCUUUUGCCUCUGGUUUGCAGUGGGAGGUAUAUGAGAAGGGGUCCUUCAAUCUAAGAAUAUGUCAGAUAUGUUAGCAAAAAAAGGUUCACAGUUAUUUCAUCUCUUCAAUACAAUCUUCUCCUCUAUCAUUACAUUGAUAAAUAGGUGUGUCUAGAUGUGCUUACUUAUUGUGUCAAGGUAAGGAAGAACAUAAAAACCUACAGAUCGGGAGAAAAAGCUUUAGAGAAAAAAUCUUGUCAGAGAGUAUCCUAAACAUUUUUAAGUUUAUAAGCAAUUCUCUUUCAUCUGAAUAAUCAUCCUUCUGUAGAAGGAGCCAAUGAAAUUGGUUUUCUUGCAGUAAAAUGUUUCUUCCACCAAAAAAGGUUUUUGCUGAUACCAUUUAUAUACCCAUCUAAUCUUUAAAAAAAAAAAAAAAAGACCCACUUAACCAUUUCAUGCCCCACAAAUGUACGUAACAUAACUGUUUAAGGAAGACUUUACUCUUAAAAUGUUUUUACUCUACCUGCUUAAUGGAAUUGGAUGUUCAGUGUUGGGAAUGGUCAGUGUCUGUGUUUGGUGGCUUGUGUUCAUUUUUCUCAUUGUGGAAGUGAUCAGCUCUGGAGUGAUUUGCCAUGUGCUUGUUACUUCCAACCUUUAGCAUUGUGUGUACUAAUGCUGUGUUUGCUCCUCUCUCUAUAUAUGCAGAUGUGUGCAUAUAUAUUUAUAUAUAUAUAUAUAUUAUCAGAGUGAUCUUGGUGUGGACUGUUACUCUAAAGCCAUGACUAUGAUAUAAAGACUACUACAGCUGCAGUGAAUGUUAAGAAGUUGGUUUUCACCAUUGAGUUCAGUCUUGGGCCGGAUGUCUACAUUUGUGAUCUCUUUUGUUUUAUAUGAUGAUUUUCAUUAUGUAGGUUCUGCCAUCCCUGAAUAUUCCUUGUAAAGAUGCAUCGAAGAAGAAGUAAAUUUAAAAGGAAGACAAAGGCACCACUGUCUGUAAACUGUAAAUAUGUAUUUUGGCACUUGUGCUCCAGUACUCUGAAAAUAGAGUCAUGAUGGAAAUGCUGACAGAUCCUUAACGGUGGCCAGAGCUACCAUGCAGUGCAAAAAUAAAUUAAGUAAAAAUGUAUUCUUGAGAUUAACAGUGCAAGGCCAAUACGUUUUAUAAAUCUGUCAGUAUCUUUUCAAUGGAGUGUGUAUGUGUAGUUAUGUUGAAAGAUAACUGUGUAUGUGUGUGUACAUGCUUUCAUGUGAAUUACAAGGCAUACAUAAGAUGUAUUUCCAAUCUCUACAACGUAUGUUGAAAUGUAACUACAGAUCAACAGAAAUAGGUGUUUUACUUAAAUUCAUUUCUAAUCGGUUGUGGCUCUGUUUUCUUUACAGUGUAUAUUACUGAUUUAAGAGUUGUUUAAACAAAGUUUGGCUUUACUUCACAUACAGGAGAAAUGAACCUCUAGGCUUUUCCUUAAGAGUUGAUGGUGUUUCUAACGAAGAUUGAAUAGAAAGACAACAGUGCACUCCAGAGCAGCUGGGGACAGAGUCCAUGCCUCAUCUUUGAAUUCCCAGUGUCUAGCACCAUUUGCUAUGUCCUGCAACCAACAUGUUAUUUGAGCUGUAUAGACUAGAAACAAAAUGGUGAGGUACAUUCUUGGAAUAAAGGGGGUCAUUGAUGCAUGA